AUGUGUGAUAAUGGUCAUGGUGGGGAUUGUUGUCAUGAGAUAAGUGACAAAGAUGUUUAUGAAGAGGGAAUGAGAUAUGACUUAAACGCUUGUAUCGAUUUUCAUAGAACAGUUACUCUUAAUGAAGUAGUCGAUGGUUCAGGAAAAUUAAUAUUUAAAGAUUUUGAUAAAAGAUUUGAUAAAGAAAAAUUUGUUGAAAGUGAUUGUGAUGAGGAAUUACUUUUUAAUGUUGUAUUUAGUGGUCAUGUUAAAGUUUCAGGAAUAACUUUAAUUGGUAAUCUUGAUGAAACCCAUCCUUCUCAAAUGAAAAUUUUUAAAAAUAAAGAAAAUAUGACUUUUGACGAUGUUACAAUUAAAUCUGAUUUUGAGUGUUCUCUUAAACAAGAUAAUUUAGCUAUGGUUGAUUAUGCUUUACCUGCUACAAAAUUUUCAAACUGUCAAACAAUAUCAAUAUAUUUUCCUACCAAUUUUGGUGGUGAAACAACAAAACUCUACUACAUUGGUCUUAGGGGAAGUUUUGUUCAUGAAACAAGAGAAAAAGUUGUUAUAGCAACUUAUGAGGCUCGAGCUCAAUUAGAAGAUCAUAAAGCAGAUUUACCGGAAACGAAUAUAUCUCGCAAUAUAUUUUAG